AUGAUUUCUUCUUGUCUCUCCUUUGUCAAGACCAAGGCAGUUCCUGUAAAUUGGGGACAACCAGAUGAUAUGUCAUUACAUGCUGAGGAAGAUCGUCACCAAUGUACUCAAGUAAUCACACUCAAGGAGAAGGAGAAGACAGAGCAGGCUUGCAUUCGUGGUAAGCUCAAGACUGACCUUGAGCUAAAGCGGAUGCAACAUCAGGCUCAGGAGGCUGAUUGCCAGCGUGCACAUGAGAUACAUAUGCUCGAGAUGCAGCACCAGAUGCGUUUUGGCAUUGCUCAGCCACCACCACCACCUGCCCAGCCAUGGGAUGCACCUGGUCCUCAUCAUGGAGGGCCUGCUGGUGGUGCUCCACCUCCACCUUUCCGCUUUCUCAAUGACAACAUCCACCCUGACCUUCGCUAA